AUUCCAAAUUGUCGAAUUGUGAAGUUAUUGAUUUUUCUUUAAAAGUCUAGAAUUUAACGCGUGUAGUCUGGUUCAUAUUGCAUCUUUUAAGCAAACUGAAUUAUUGUGAAAACAUAAUCUCGUGAAUCCAGUUUUGCCUCAGUGUACUUGAAUAACUUGUUUGUUUUAAUCAGUAAAUACUUAUUUCGUUAGUCCAAAAUGGAAUCAAGUGAUCGUGCGGACCAUGUUGCGGGAGCUCAGGCAAAUGCUCUCCCGACUGAAGGCUUAACUUUCGAGCCUCGACGACCAACUAAUUUACAGACCCUACUUCGUUUUGCCAUAGAUGCCACGCACAAGAACGACGAAGAUGGGCCCAAUGGCGCCGGUGCGAGUGCUUUGGAUUUGGAGAGGCGUAGGUUCUUGGAAGAAGCUUUGAAGAGUCUCACGGUGGACGUGCCGAAGGUGUUGCAGAGAGGAAUUAGGAUACUCACCAACGUUGAGUUUAUCAAGAGCGUGCAGCUCGGCCAGCCGGUGCCUGAUGACAUCAGAGCCGCAUUCAACAAUAUGAUGGAGUUCGUUGAUGAUAUUGAUGUCGCUUUGGAUUUUCAAAAAUUAGGCGGCUUUGCAUUGUUUCCCGUAUGCUAUGGGAGUGAAAAUGAGGACAUACGCAUUCGUACGAGCCAGCUGUUGGCUGAAUUAGUGCAGAACAACCCUGACUGCCAGGAGCGGGUGCUUGAGUAUGGUCUACUUAAUGUGCUCCUACAUUUGACCAAUAGUGAGCAAGGCUAUGCCCUGGCCAAAUGUGUUGGUGCUAUUUCAUGCUCGGUACGCGAGUACGAUCCUGGUUGCCGUGAACUGAUCGCGCUCGGUGGAUGCGACACGCUCGUUAAAGUGCUGGAGCAGACAUACGCCUCCGCCAGGGCUAAAGCUUCUUUCCUCAUUAAUUACCUGUGCCAACACUAUCCUGAUGCAAAAGAACAAUUCAUACAGAAGAAUAUAGUGAAGAUAAUAGGAGAGAAGCUCAAAGAAGGGCGGGAUGACUCCUCCGAACAAAUGCUGAGCCUCCUAAAGACUUUGGUUGACACAAAUGACCCCAGAAUCUUAGAGCAAUUGAGGGAACCGUCACUGGAUCUUAAGCAGAUUAUAAUAGAUCACCUGGACGUCCCGGAAUUUGUGGGUGAAGGUUUCAUUGAAGAAAAGGAAUAUUGCUAUGCUGUCUUGACAGUACUCGAUAGUUGCCCAGAUGUAGAAAUUGUGUCCAACGAUGAUAUUGAUAGAUAAGAUGGGCGAAGCGAGUAUUUUUGAGUCAUUUAUUUAUACUACAAUAUGUCAUAAUCGAAAUAUCUAUACUAAAUAUGGAAGUAAGAUUUUUAAAAAUGGUGUUUAGUACUAUUUUGCUAUGUCAUUUAUGUUUUAGACACGUUUUAAUGACAUAGGUAACUAAAAUGUUAAGGGUUUCUCCACACGAUUCAAACACGUGUAUAAUAUUACAAUAAUGUGUUUGGAAGUCAAAUAAAACAGGACCCUAUAAAAUUAUCUUGUAUUGCACAAUGUACGACAAAUUCCAAAGUGAAGUUGUUUAAUAUAAAUAUAAGGCAAAAUCAGAUAGAAAAUAUUGCCUGGCUGUCAAUACAAACAAAAUAACCCAGUUGGGUUAGUUACCUAAACAGAAUGUGUUAUAACCAAUAUUUUUUAAGUCUUAAUAUAUAUAUAAUAAUCAAAAUGAAGAAAUAGUUUUUAAAAGUAAUAUCACCAAAAAUGUAAAAUAAUUAAAAAAACUAUGUUACGUGACUUUAAAGUUACCUUUGCAAAAAUAAUUUGUUUUAUGCGGUCCAGUGUGACGUCACUGGACCCAGACGGCACGUCCACGUAUUGUAUUAUUAUUAGUAAUUAUAAAUUUCUAAUUUUAUUCCAAAAGUGAGAUAAGUGAUAACACGGCACACUUUGUCGUCUACCAUUUACCAUUAGGUAAAAUAAAAAUGACAUUACAAAUAAUUAAUAAAAACAAACAUUGCGCGGUGCGCAUUCACAAAUGAGUUACAGCCUACAGGCCAGUCAUUGCAUGUUAGCAUACGAUUUAACUUAUAAUCUAUAUCUCGAAUCUUAUUGACGGGUUUCAAAAAGGUUCGCACUGGUUUUUUUGUAUGACCUAUAUUUAAUUCCAUUUAUAUAGUGUUUUACAAUUAGAAUAAAACUCCUUUCUGUAAUUGUAUAACAAUAAACUUAUCAAAAAUAAA